AUGUACUCCAAAAGUCAUCUCCCCCUCUUCUUCUCUCUCCUCUCUCUCUUUCUCUCUCGUCUCACCUCUUCCUCUGUUCCCCACCUUGGGAUCGACUCCUUCCUCUCUGACGAGCUCCGCCAUGACCCACAAGCCCUAAACGACUCCUUUCUCUCUCUACACUCCUCUCUCCUCAAAUCCCUUUCUCUCCCCUCUAUCCACUCUCACCGCCAAUUACUCUCUCAUCUCACUUCCCUAACCCUAACAGUCCCUGUAAAAGCCAUCCUUGUCGGCGAUUUCAGUGGGGCGGAUCCCUCUGAAACCCUAACAUCUCUCUUCUCUUCACUCCAUUUUGACCCCCAUUUCCCUGUCAUCUUCUCCUCUGAUCCUUUGCAUCGCCUCAUAAUAAGCAGGGAGUUUCACCUCGAGGUUUCUAGGGCUCCUUCUCGCAUUGCUUCUCGGUUGCAGGAAGCCAUUAAAGCUCACAUCGAAGCUUCAACUUCUGGUAAGCUCUACGGCCUUCACCCUGUUCCUUACUCCGUGAUUGAUGAUAUAAUUGGCCAUGAAUCGAGAGAAAACAAUGAAUAUACGCUUUAUUUGCUCAAUUUGAAACCUCAGUCGAAGACUUAUGCUUAUUCUUACACUCCUGGUGAUCCUUCUCCUGCCUUUCCUAAGUGUUUAGGUAGUUUGUGGACUGGUAAAGAUAGGUAUCUUUGGGUUGACUUAGCUGCUGGUCCUGUUGAUUAUGGGCCUUCUAUAUCAGGAGAAGGGGUUUUACCUAGAGGUGAAUUCCACCCUUUAACUGCUUUACAUGGAAAGCCCAAGUCUCAUAUCGGAUUCUUAGCUGAUUUGACUUCAUUGAUUUGGAGUGCUUCGAGGGUUUUGUUCGCCCCAUCUCUGAGAAUUCCUGCUUUUUUCGAUAACCCAUUGAUUGUUCAGUUUGUUCAUAUUCACGGGUCAGGAGAUAAGGACUUGAGGGGCUUGGAUUGGGAUUCGAUAGAGAGUGCUUUCAUGGAUGAGGUGAAAAAUGGUGGUUCGCUUUUGGGGCAACAAGAGCUGAAGUUUAGGAGGUCGGAAUUGAAGUUUCCAGAUUGCCCGAUUUGUAAUUAUGCGAUAUUGAGGUCCAUGAAUUCGUAUACCUCGAGGUUCUUGUUUGAUAAUUACACUUUGAUUGUGAGCGAGUACUUGGAUUCUAAGCGAUUGCAUUCGUUACUGUCUGAAUCCGCUCAAAAUUUGAAGAAAUUGGCUGGAAUCAGUGAUGAUGAGCUUGGGGGCAGGAUUCUUCCUGUUUAUGUUUUUGAUCUCGAACUCGAUAGGACUUUGUUGCUCGAUCGAUUCCACCAAGCUGUUGCUUUCAAGGACAUGGUCAUAGCUGUUAGGACUAGAAGCUCCCAGAGUGUGACUGACUACAGCUGUAACGGCCGCCAUGUUAUAACCCAAAUCCGAGAGCUUGAAAGGCCAAUUGUGGGUUCUCUUUUGCAAACAUUAUGGGGAGUUUCACCUACCCAUUUGUCAUGGAGCCCUCUUCAUAACAAUACACUGGUGGACUAUACUUGGAGCAUGGGGCAAACACCAUUUGGACCUUUUUCACGGCUCUACUCUCUAUCCUUUGUGCAAAAGGAUGCUGCAAAAAGAAAUAUAGUUUUAACAAUGAUGAAUUAUACGAUAACUAGUCUGAUGGAUGCUCUUGAGUCUUUGGAAAGUCAUGGUGGAUAUAAAGAGGUGCUUAAACCAAAGAGAUUUGUUGAAUUUACUCAAAGGUGGAACCUUUUGAGGUAUAAAAUGGACCGAGCUGUUUCUGCGAUGUCCCAUUUAGAUUUUGAGACUGCUCUUUAUUUUGUAAGGUCUGGUGAUCAUGAUGUUUAUGCUAUUCACACGAUCAUUUACCUUGCAUCGCAAGAGCUUGAGGGGAUCUUGGUUUGUUUCCAAGACCCGCCUUUUCCUUGGGCUUCAGCUUCUAUGAGUUUGGGGGCUUUUGCUGCUCUACUUUAUGUGUAUUCGAAGAGAGAUCAGAUUUUCAGGAGCAAAAGGAAGCAGUUUUGAUGUGCAUUUAGAGAGAGAAGACAAGCUUUUAAACUCGGAUAUCAAAUUCCAAUAUCAAUGUUAAUUAUCUGUGUUUCAAUGUUUUCUUAUGGUGUUAUCCUUGGUCAUUUUGUUUCAAUAUUUUCUGUGACACUACUAAUUACCUGCAAUUUUCUCUGAGAAUUACUUUGAUUUUUCCCUUUCAUCUUUUUUUAUGACUCAGAUCCCCAAGAGUUAUAUUAGUUUCAUGGUAAGCUCUCUUAUACUUGUUUUUCCUUUCGUUUUCUUUUUUGAGAUAAGUUCAUCUUGUUCCUAACGUCAAAAGAAGAAUAGUGCCCCUCCUGUACUUCAGUUCGCAAAAUCGAGCUAAUCUUUUUCAGAUGUAUUAUUUUUAUGGUACGUUCUCUUGUAUCUUGUUUCUCCUUUUGUUUUCUUGAUUGUAAUGAGUUAUCUUGUUCCAUUUGUCAAAAUAGCAUAAUCAAUCUGGCCUUGUUCUCUUUCCAUUA